CAGACGAGCUGGUCGCCUCCAACGCCACUCCGGAUGGCGAGCGCCGCCACCUGAUAGCCAACUGUUCUUCCUCCUUCCUCUCUCUCUCUCUCUCUCUCUCUCUCUCUCUCUCUUUCUCUCUCCUUCCCUCUCUCUUUCUCUCUCUCUCUCUCUCUCUCUCCCUCGCUCUCUUAUUUUGUCUUCUCUCCUCGCUCCUUCCUUUUCUCCGUGAGCUUUUUGCCUCUCCGUCUCUCCUUGCUCACUUUCCGCGAGGUCCUCUCUCGAGCGGCGAUGAGAUAGCAGCGCGAGGGGGCAGCUGUCGUCGUUGGAGCAACAUGGGCAAGGCCGACAAACGGCAGCGCGGCGACGCUGGCGCCAGCACCAACCUCGUGGGCAAGUUCACGCAGAGCGUGCGGCGUAUCGUGCAGGACGUGAAGGACGAGGGCACCGCCAGCGGCCAGACCAAGGAGGAGGUGAUCGAGACGAACGAGCGGCUGCGCGCGGUGCGCAUCCGCCUGGACGGCAGCUACGAGACGGCCAAGCGCGCGCUCGUGGAGCUCAUGCAGAAGUACAGCGCCAGCAAGCAGGUGCGCAACGUGUUCGAGCGCUACGGCCUGCUGAAGCUCAUGAUCAAGGACGUGAUCAAGCUGGAGACGCAGUACUGGACGCUGGUGGAGAUUCCGCGCCAGGAGAAGCAGGAGACGGUGCCGGCCUUCGUGCUGCGCGCCUGCGCCAUCAUGGAGAAGAGCCACAAGGAGGGCGUCAAGACGGCGGCCAAGCUGCAGGAGGAGGCCGACGGCAGGCGCGAGCGCGUCGACAGGCUCGAGAACAUGACCACGGCCCAGAUCGAGGCGGAGAACACGCAGAUGACCAACGACCUGUACAGGCUGCUCAAGAAGUACACCGGCCUGAGGAACCUCAUCCGCGACCUCAAGGAGGAGUACAACAGCUCCAAGAUCUACCCGAUAGUGCCGCGCUACACGAUGCUCAAGGACAUGAUCAAGGACAUCAUGCACAACCCGGACUACAUGGAGGUCUGCCACGAGGUGGACGCAUAGCCGACGGAGCCGCUCCACCGCUCGCCCCGCGUGCGCUAGCGAGAUGGAGGCCGACGCGCCGAGCCCAAAGACGUUUGUUAUCGGGGACCACGACAAGACUUCUUCUCCUCUCUUCUCUCCUUCCCUCCCUCUCUCCGUCUAGCUAUCUCUCGUCCGUGCGAUCAAAGUGCCGAAGCGCUCGAAUCUUUCUUCCAAAUUUCGUCUCUGUUUCUCCUCGGCGGCGCAAGCAAUGACAAUAUGAAAUCUCGAGCGUCCGUAAUUCUUCUUCCACUUGUGGAUCGCGUGACAUCACGCUGAACAAUAGCUCCGAUGCGCGCGCCUUCCAAUGUUUUCUUUAAUUGGGAAGGUCGACGGUGUAACGAUAUCGUCGCCGAGCACAUUCCGCACGCCAGUUUCUUUCUGUGCCGCGCUCGCGCAAGGACAAUCGGCGCGGUGUCGCGAGCAGCCACCCCGAGCAUAUUUAUAAGUACUACGAGUCUAAGGCAACUGUCGCAAUAAGUAGGCUACGCGAUUAGGGGGUAGAAGAUUCCGACGGGGCGCGAGCUCGGAAUAGCCGCUUUCACGUCGAAACACAAACGGAGGAGAAGCGCCGCGGGCGGCCUCGUCGGCCUCGACCAGCGCGCGCAAGUUCCUAAAGUACAGCCGCCAGGACGCCCGGGCUGCACAGCCUCGGUCCGAGCCGGCGAGUAACGAGCAAUAACGACGAGGAUAGGCCGGGAGGAGGCGCCAAAGGGCCAAACGGAGCCUUCUCGACACGACUGCGUUUCCGCUGCUGUUUAUAAAUACGUCGUAUCCAGAGUGACGCGCUGAUUUUGGCGCGCCUCGAUCGAGCGUCGCGCGGAUCGGCGAUCGAGUCGGCGAACGAUAACGGAGCCACGGCGUCGCGCCUAUUGUCGGCGAGUCGCGCGAGCCACGCGUCGAUAAGGGUACGCGGCUGUCGCGCGCAGUCGUCCAGUGCCGGAGCCGGCAGCAUUGACAGCGCCGCGCGGAACACAAUGGGCCGCGUCGGUGGGGGGCGAGCCGCGCUCUUCGAUCGCCGCCGAUCCAGGACCGCGCCAAGCUUCUAGCGUUCGUAGCUUCGCCGGCUCCUUUCUAUAUAUUUUCGUUGGGCCAUUGCCGAAACCGGCCGCUCUACGAUGAGCGGCGCUGAGCUUGCAGAGAACAACAAACUUCCUCCGCGAUAUACGAAAGAUUAAAACAAAAUAAUUAAAAAAAGUUAUCAAUGUUGCAUUUAAUGACUUAGCUAAGGUUUGACCAAUCUAUUUGUCUAAUAAAUCUAAACUGACAUAAUCAAAUUUCCCGUGACUACAUAGAUUAUAUAUAUAUAAAUAACUAUACGUGUCUUGUUGCUCUCCAUCUUUUUGAAAUAUUUAUACGGUAAAUGAGGCAGCAGCCUUUACUCGGCAUGAUUCAUAUUUAAAUAUAUUCAUAUUUUAUGAGAGGAAUUAUCGGUAUACACGAUAAAUAUAUAGGUGUCGCGUUCAAACGGCAGCGUUUUUUUCAAAUUCUAUUCUUCGCUCCGUGUAACGCGUCCGGACAGCUUUCCAACUCUUCUACUAUGGAGGCUCGACAGCAAACAAAAUGUCAUAUCAUACGUAUUAAUCGAUUAGAAUACAAUUCAUUCCGUUAACUUAGGAUUAGACGGAGGGAAAAAGUACGAGAUUGAGUUUUUAGCGGGUAUUCCUAUGAUUUGUUAUGGAAAUCCGAACGACCAAGGACUAGUAUUCCGCCGAGAAAAGUCGCCGCGGGUUGUCCCUCUAAAUUUUACAAGUUCGCUUCGUUCCUCCGAAACUCACGCAGAUGAUCAUUUGUCUUCACAGCAUGUUGGUUUUAUCGUGAGUCACAGCGAGAUUUCCACUUUGAAAUCUGCGGAAAAGUCUAUCGUUGCAGGAUCCUAGUUCGGAAAGUAUCCAUGUACAAUGCAAUCUUGGAUGACAACUCGCGCUGGAAGUUGGUCCGUAUUUCCAAAAUGGGGUUGCCGCUGCAUUUUGGAUUUGAUUUUGCCGGCGAUCCGCUUGCACGCAGUACGCUACAAACCUGAUUCAAUGAAUUUCUGUAAAUUACAAAUAGUUUGUAAAGAGACAUUAUUUGACUGUUGAAAUAAAA